AUGGGGCUGGCGGGGGCUCGCCGGGACCAGCUCCUGUCUCUCCCUCUCCCUCUCCUUCCUCUCGUCUUGCUACCUAGCGUGGCUGAACCUGGCGGGACCAGGCCAGCCCGUCACUCUCUGCCGCAACAGACGCCUAUAGCAAGCAACUCCCUUCAACAACCACAACCAGCGCAGGCCAACAGCUCUCCUCUUAACCAGAGCACAUCGGCACAGAACCAAGUGUGUGGGGUGGGCAUCUUAUUCACACAGGACGCAAAGGGGGAGAACAAGAUUACCAAGGUCGUUCCUGGCAGUCCAGCCGCUGCGUCAGGGCGAGUGAGAGUCGGCGAUAUAUUGGUCAAGGUGAACGGCUACAGCAUCGUCGGAAAGUCUGUUAGCGAGAUCGUAUCGAUGAUCCAAGGACCUCAGGGGUCCAGGGUUGAAAUCUCUUUGACCUCGUCUGAGUCCAAGUCCUGGAAUGUUGUGUCUGCGCCGUUCCAAGAGUUGCCCUUCGACUACAAGAGGGACAAGUCGUCCAAGAAGACGACUACAACGAGCAAGGGGAGAGAUGACAUGCUUCCCGGACAGAGGAUGGUGUUUGGAGGAGGGACGCUUCCUCCUGGAUUCGAGCACCUGGAGAGCCUGCGCACGUCGCAGCCUUACACUCAGCCCUGCGUGAGCCUCAGGAAGGUCGUCCUGGUGCGCCAUCCUCUUAAGCUUGAGGCCGCGCAGCCUGAGUAA